GAUCGAGGACCGCUUGGCUUCGAGGUUGCUUGCUCGUUUCCCUUUUCCCUGCCCGCGACUGCAAUCCUCGCCCCAAGGGAGGACAGAUCGCAUCUUCUUCCGCUGCCUCCGUUUUUUUUUCUUUUUCCUUUUCAAGCAUUAUCUACGCGUCUGCCGCCAUGUACCCCAGCGGCCAGCGCGACCGCGACUCUCGCGGCGACUAUCGCAGCCGCAGCCCACAUGCGCGCCGCUCCGACGACCACCACAGCCACCACAGGGAUGGCGACUAUCGACGGUCGAGGAAGGAUUCGCCGGAUCCUCCAAGAGACUUGAACUACGACGACAACGACGACGGUGCUGACGAUUACCGCGGACACGACCGCGACCACUAUCGCAUGCCUAGGGAAGGUCACUACGCCGGCAAUAAAGCGACCAGCAGUCGACGGAACGAUGGAUCUGGUCGACAUUAUGUUCGAGAUCCUGGGCCUGUGCCUGGCCUACAUCGUGGUGUACGUCCACUUUCGGCUCCUGAUGCUUCUCCCCCAGGUCAGGAGAAUGGCGACCGCCAUGGCCUUGAUGUCUUUGACACUUCGACUUAUGCGGGCCGUGGCGAUGCACAUCACGGACUGGACCGAGGCGCCGCUGCCGCAAGCCAUGCGGGUCAUCCUCCUCUUCGGGACUCUGGCGGAAAUAGGAGCUCCGGCGCUAGUCACCGGGGGGUUGGCAAUUAUCAUGAUCGACACCAUUUCUCUCGCCGACGUCUAGAAGGCUCGGGCCGCGCCGUAGUCCUAGACGGCCUGCCCGAGGAUGCCACCGAGCGUGACGUUCUCUACGGCCUCGACUACGUCACCCGAGACCGCCACUUCUCGAGCGAUUUGGUGAGGAUCGCUCGGGUCCGCUACGACCAUGAUGGCCGGCGCAUCGCCUUCGUCGAGUUCCACCGGCGAUCGGAUGCUGAGCAUUUCUAUGACCGAUACUACCCCGAAAUUUCUUUCCCUCUUGAGCAUUCCCGCGGCCUCGACUCCGAGCCUGUCACCGUGGGAGUCAGCUUCCCGAACAACGACGAGACCCAUUCAUCCCGUGAGUCGCGGAGAGACGACGACGGCUGGGACUGCAUCCAGUGCGGCGCAAUGAACUACCCCCACCGAGCCGUUUGUUACAAAUGCAAAGCGGAGCGUCCUGAUGACCACGACGCUUCCGGUCCUUUUCUCACAGGCGAGACAGACGAGUGUCCCCAGCAGACGCCGUCUCAAUAUGUCGUGGUCCGAGAUCUCGAAGGAUCUGUCACCGAGGAGGUCCUCGCCAAAGGCGUCAUGAAGCUGUUUGUCGAAAACCCCGAGCCCGCCAAGGAGGCUCCGACCACCACGAACAAACUAAAAUCGACCGCGCCAACCAACAGCACGGCUGGACUCGGAGCGAAGCCUGGCUCCCUCCGCCGCGUGUUCCUCAUGCGCGACCGCAAGACUAACGAGUCAUGGAGGUAUGGCUUCGCCGAGUUCGCCACCGUCGACGACGCGAGGGCUGCUGUUGCCAAGUUCCGCGCGUCCACAAAAUUUACCAUCGCGUCCAAACCUGUCGUGGUCGCUUUCAUCCACACCGGCGUCUUCGUUCCCGCCUUCGACGCCCCUGCGACCGAGAACCAAGAAUUCUCCUUCACCCCGAUCUACAAUCCUGCCGUGCGCGUCAAAUACUGGGAUGAGCGUGCCUACCCCAGCGCCCACGUCGUUUCCACCGACCCCCUCCCCGGCGCGCCGAGCCCCGAUAAACCGGUCGGAGACGGCGAGGCCGCCAAGCCCGGAGCAAAGCCUUCAAAGAAGGCCAAGAGCACCAAAGAGUCGGCCACGGCCCCCAAGAUUGCCAUGAUACCCCAGAUGCAGCUGUGGGCCAAGGCGUCGGCAGAGCUCCACGGUGCCCAACCGGCGGCAGACGAGAACGUGCCAUCCGUACAAGAGCCCGACGAGGUCAGGCCUGGCGCUGCCCGCCCUGCACGCGCUGCUUCCCGCGAGGUCGAAGAAGCCCAAGAGGAUGGCCCGGUCGCCGCCCAAUGGGGCGACCAGUACCUAUCGUACGCCGACUGGGACGCUCUGACCUGUCUCGCCUGCGGCUGGGAGGCGCCGAGCCAAGCGCACAUCGACGAGCGCGGCUGGCCGCAAUCGCGGAGCGACCUGCUGAUCGAGCACGAGGGCCGCGCGCACGAUUUCUUCCGCGACGACACCGAGGCCAAGUCCAAAGCCGUCGCCGCGCUCACUGCCCUCGGCAGGGAUCCGCGCCUCGUCGUCCGCCGUACCCCGCGCCUCAAGUCAGACCGCCUCCCCGUCUACAAAUCGUACGCCGACUUCGACCGCCUGCGCUGCGUCCUCUGCCGGCGCGUCUUCAAGCACGUGCGCCUCCUCUGGCUGCACGAGCAACAGAGCGCGCUGCACAAGCGCAUGCUGGCUGACCCGCAGAACCGUGCGCGCGCGGCCGCCGAGUUCAAAAAGGCGGGCGCCAAAAUGCGCGUGCUCGAGCCCGACCCGGCGUUCCGCCGCCGCUGGGAGGCACAGCGCGCCCGCGUCGUCGCCCAACAGGGACAGCCGCAAGCGCAACUGUACCGCGACCGCGCCCUCGAGAGGCGGAAGGCCUUCGGCCAGCCGAAACAGCCGGCCACCACCUCCACCACCACCGGCGCUGCUGCUACUGCCGCUGGUACCACCACCACUACUACCACCACAGCCCCGGCCAAGCGCAAAGACGCACCGCGCGAGGAGGCAGAGGCGGAGAAGGAGCAGCAGCAGCAGCGGGCGGCCAAGAAGUCCAAGGGCGCCGACAUGCUGGCCAAGAUGGGCUGGACCGAGGGCGCCGGCCUGGGCGCCGAGGGCGCCGGCCGCACCGAGGCCAUCGCCACCGAGGUCUACGCGCCCGGCGUCGGCCUCGGCGCCGAGGGCGGCAGGCUCGGCGACGCCGCCGAGGAGGCCGCCCGCAACACCCGCGGCGGGUUCGCCGCGUUCGUCGAGAAGACUAGGGAGCGCGCCAGGGAGCGGUUUGAGAAGAUGGCUGGUUCGUGAGCAGCUUUCGGCUUCGGGUGGGCAUGGGAUGG